AUGGCCCCCUCAUCAGUCCGUAUUGUGGAAGUCGGUCCUCGCGACGGCCUCCAAAACGUCACCACUCCAAUCCCUACCGCCACCAAGCUCGAAUUGAUCCUUCGGCUCCACCAAACCGGUCUGAAGACAAUUGAGCUGACCUCCAUCGUCUCCCAGCGCCGUAUUCCUCAGCUCGCGGACUGCAGGGAUCUUCUUGAACACCCGUCCAUCCAGUCGUUAGGCCACGACAGCCCUGACCUCCGGCUCCCGGUGCUGGUCCCUAAUCUCAAGGGUCUGAAAACCGCGCAGUCCCUACACGUGAAAGAGAUCGCGGUUUUUGUCAGCGCGAUGGAGGGGUUCAGCCGGGCAAAUAUCAAUUGUUCGGUGGAGGUGGGGCUUGCGAGGGCCCGGGAGGUGGUCGGGCGGGCGGUGCAGGAUGGGUUGGCAGUGCGAGGAUACGUUUCCUGCAUCUUCGGCGAUCCCUACGACGGACCCACCCCGCCCGAUGCGGUGCUCCGCUGCGUGCAAGCCCUCCUCCAAGCGGGAUGUUACGAGAUCAGCCUAGGCGAUACCCUAGGCGUGGGGUCACCUGCCAAGGUCCGCCGUCUCCUCCACCAUCUCACCGAGAUCGGCGGUAUUCCCGUCAGUGCCUUGGCCGGCCACUUCCACGAUACAUACGGCCAGGCGGUGGCCAACAUAUGGGAGGCGUACACCUGCGGGGUGCGCAUCUUCGAUAGCAGCGUCGCCGGGCUGGGCGGGUGUCCAUUCGCGCCCGGAGCCAAGGGCAACGCCGCCACUGAGGAUGUGGGGGUUGAUCUGGCCCGGUUGGUCGAGACGGGGAUCUGGAUCGCAAACCAGCUACCCGGCGGUGAAAACGGGAGUCGGGCUGGAGUGGCGCUGGCGCAUAAGACAGCUGCGAAGGCGCCGGCAGACACUCCGCCGUCCUCGACGGUACAGGUGCAGGGACAGGCGCCCCUGCCGGCUUUCCGGUGGACUUUGGCGAUUGACGCCGAGGGGAUGCGGCUGUUCCGCUGCGGGGUGAACCUCAAGGUCGUGCUGAACCGUCCGCGGAAUGGGAAUGCGUUGACCGCUGCGAUGAUUGCGGAGUUGCACUCGGUUAUGCAUACGGCGAGCUCGGAUCCCGCGGUGUCAAGGGUGGUUAUCACCGGUACGGGGAGGUUCUUCUGUACGGGGAUGGAUUUGGGGAAGAGUACCCCGGUCGCGCAAGGGAAGGAGAGCAGCGAGGCGCAGUUCGCCAGGUUGGCGGACCUGUUCGAGGUAAUUGAUCGCGUUUGGCGGGGGGUUGGACUGGCAUUCGCGUGUGAUCUUCGUCUCUGUACCAAGGUCGCUACGCUCACGCUGAGCGAGGGCAAAUUGGGUCUUUGUCCUGCGACGAUCUCCAAGUAUGUCAUCCGAGAGUGGGGGACGGCCUUCGCGCGUGAGGUCAUGCUCUCGGCUCGUCCGGUCAAGCCCGACCAGCUGCAUUCGCUGGGCCUUGUCGCCGAGGUCGCAGAGAAUCCCGGGGAUCUGGACAAGAAGCUGGACGCCUUGCUGGUGCGCCUGCGGCAGGUCUCGCCCGAUGCGUCGCGCAUGUCGAAGGAGUUGGUCAGGCUCGCCUGGAAGCAUGCGGGCAAGGACGAACAGGCGUCCGGGAUCAAGGCACUCUUCCAUGAGAUGAUGCGACCCGAUGGCGAUGGCGCCCAUGGAGUGCGUGAGUUCCAGUUUGGUCGGCCGGUGGAUUGGGAUGCGUACACCCAAAAGACGAAGACAGCUCCCGAAGCCAAAUUGUGA